ACAAAAGCAUCGUGGUUGGAUUAGAUGAAGCGCUUCCCCGGGCGCAAUUGAAAAGCUACAUUUGCCCUCGAUGAAAAAGUCGAAGCGCGUUCACAAUAUGGUUAUCAAUCGAAGCACGAAGAAAUGGCCACUCGUCGCAUCACUCGAACCAAGCCCUGUCGCCGCCGACCGAGUGCAGAAAGAACGACCCACGUAUGGCAAGACUUGAGCCUCGCUCCGUCUCACUCUACCGCUGGCAAGUCAACGGGGGGCACUGCCGUAGUCGCCGCCGAUGCUGCUCCGUUCCGCUCGCUGCUAUCGUUUCGGAUGCCAUUUGCUGACAUCGCGCCGCACCGCAAAAGAAAACGCAGCAAGCAAAUGAACGAAAACGAGACAUAUCGAACAUUAACCGUGCACGCACACACCCCAAUUGUCCCGUAUCUAAACACAAUGAUAAUUACACGGCGGCACCCAACACACGCUCGGCCGUAG